GUCGUCGUUGUGUUGAACUGAACAAAAAAAUCAUUAUAGUCCUCGUCAAUGAUGCCAAAAAUUGAUUGAUUUUUGUAUUUUCUUUGAAACGGGAAAAAGAUUCACUGAAAACGGCAAAAAUGUUCGAUUCAAGCAGCUCAAAAAAAUCGGCCGAUCGUGAUAAAUUUUUGGAAGCAACUCGACAAGCACGUGAAGAACGUGAACGUGAUCGCCGAUUGAAUGGUGCAGCCACCCAGAUUCAGGCUUCAUUUCGUUCAUAUCAUUAUCGUCAACAGUUUAUUCAAAAUGUUUAUCAAGAAUUGGAUGAAAUGUUGAAAACAAAUAACGACGAUAAUGAUGAUGAAUCGACAAAACAUCGAUCAAAAAUCAAAUCAAUAGAAUUGUUUUAUAUUCUGAAAAAAUUACUUUUCGUUAUCCGAAGAAGCAGAACAAAUCAAUCGUCAUCAUUAUCAUGGAAAAAAUCGAGUGAAAAUCCAGUCAAUAUUUUGGAUCGAAAUUUUCAUUAUUUCGAAACAAUUUGUAAACAAACAUUUUUAACAUCAUUAUUUUCAAAUGAUCCUGAUUAUUCAUAUAUUGGUAUAAUGAUUCGAUAUCCGGAUCUGAUUCCGGAUUGGAAACAACAAAUAAUUUAUAUUGCUACAACUGCAUGUUCAUUUCUUCGACAAUUACGACCCGAACAACCAAAUCAUCAAACAUCGAUUAAUAUUUUUCUAAAUAUUUUAGUUUCAUUUACAUCAACUUCAUCAUGGUUAUUAUUACGACAAAAUGAUGAUAAAUAUCGGCAAUUAGGUGAAACGAUUUGUCAACAAUUAAUCGAUGAACUGAUGAAAUCAAAUAAUCUUUAUGAAUGUUUGAAUGAUUUAUUGAUGCGUGGUUUAACCAGGACGAAACCUUCAUUGAAAAAACUUUCCCUUACAGCUAUAAUAACCAUAUCGAUUCGGCCAUUACAAACAAAUUCCUAUUCAGAUGAUUAUUUGAAAAAAUUUCUUUUGUAUAUAUUUUCAUUACCUGCCUUAAUUUAUCAUUUGAAUAUGUUGGCACCUGAAGCUAUUCAACUAUUAUAUCGUGAACCAAUUCUAAAACGUUCAAUAGAAUUAUUAAUGAUUGAAGAACAAUCACGGGAAAUAUUCGGGAAACUUGAAGGAAAUUAUACACUGUGUUUAUUAGCUAAUCAUAUUAAUUUGGCUUUUAUUUCAUUCAAAUCUAUUCAAUCAUUUAUGUUUGAAUUUGUGUGUAUAAUAAAAAAAAUGCUGGAUAGUUGUCAGAAAUAUGUACUAAGUAAACAAUCAACAACAACACAUUGGCAUCCAGUUUUAGGAUGGUUUUCACAAAAUGUUGAUCAAAAAUUACAUGAAUCAAUGAUUUAUGUUAAAAAUCAAUUACAAUAUCUGUGGAAUCCACAAAUGAUUGAAAUAAUAUUUGGAUCAUUAUUUAAACUUGUUACACCGACAACAACAACAACAACGAUUCAACAAAAAAAUUGUGAUGAAAAUAAAUUAGUCAUUUCAUCGUUGAUAACGAAUAAUAAUAAUGGUGGUUCAUUAUCAAAUGAUUCAUCUUUGACAACUUCUUCUUCGACGAUAUUAUCACCAACAACAACAACAACCGCCGUAUCAUGGCGUAAAGGUUUUAUUGGUCGAGCGCUAGAACGUGCCGCAACAUCAUUGGUUGCUGUUCGUUCAAAUUCAUCCACUUCUGGUUUUGCAUCAUAUAAUUGGUCGCCAACAUAUCGUCUGGGUACACCUGAAACAACUCUAGUUGCUCUUUAUUGUUCAUUAUAUGUUUCAGCAUUAAAUACAUUAAGUCAAAUGAAACAUGAUAUUCUUGCUGGUUUAUCAUAUAAAGAAUUAAUUUUACCACAUUUAUGGCGAUUUAUAACUAUGAUUGGACCAAAUAAUCCUUGUCGGGCAUUUCUCGAUUAUCUUAGUUUACAUUCAAAAAGUUGUGCACCUGAAUUUCAAAUUCUGAUAAUUUUUUGUGAAUGUUCAACACAUUUAAUUACAAUAUUGGAUGAUAUUGAAUUAUAUGAAAAUCAAAAACCAUUCAGAAUUGAUGAUCUGAUUUUAAUAUCAUAUUUUUUAAAUAAUUUUGUAUUCAAAAUUCUUUGGCAUAAUCUUAUUGAUAUUCAAAACAUGUCAUCAAAUACGCUGCUGAAUGCAACUCAUUCACUAUUGAUGUUAUUAUAUAAACGUGAUUGUCGUCGACCAUUUACACCGCCAGAUCAUUGGCUUAUCAAAGAACUACGUGUUUCAUCAUUUAUGAAGGAUUUGGAACACGGAAAGAAAUCAGCACAAGCUAUUCUGCAAAAAAUCCCGCAUAUAAUUCCACAUAAAGAACGUGUAGUUUUGUUUCGAAAAUACAUUGCAAAUGAUAAACAAAUGUUACAAAUGUAUCCAUCAACAUUGAUUAUUAAUUCACCAUUAAUAACAAUUCAUCGUUCAAGAAUUGUUGAAGAUGGUUAUCAACAACUGAAUUCCGUUCCUAGUCAAGCAUUAAAAGGUAUUAUUCGUGUACGUUUUAUUAAUGAACAAGGAUUAGACGAGGCUGGUAUUGAUCAACAUGGUGUGUUUAAAGAAUUUCUCGAGGAUACAAUUAAACAUGUUUUCGACCCAGGAUUGAAUUUAUUUCGUAUCACAAGUGAACAACGUCUUUAUCCAUCACCAACAUCAUAUAUACAUGAAAAUCAUUUAUCAUUGUUUGAAUUUGUUGGUAAAAUGUUGGGUAAAGCUGUUUAUGAAGGGAUUGUGGUGGAUGUACCGUUUGCAUCGUUUUUUCUAAGUCAAGUUCUUGGUCAACAACAAAGUGCCCUUUAUUCAUCGAUUGAUGAAUUACCAUCAUUAGAUCCAGAACUGUAUAAAAGUUUAACAUAUCUUAAACAUUAUGAUGAUGGUGAUAUAUCACAAUUGGAUUUAACUUUUUCGGUUGAUGAAGAUUGUAUGGGUGAAAUUGUUACACAUGAACUAUUACAUGGUGGUAAAGCUAUACCGGUUACAAAAGAAACUCGAAUUAGUUAUAUUCAUUUAAUGGCACAUUUUCGUAUGCAUACACAAAUUCAUGAACAAACAGCAGCAUUCAUUCGAGGAUUUCGUUCAAUUAUCAAUCCUGAUUGGCUUUCAAUGUUUUCAACACCAGAAUUUCAACGAAUAAUUUCUGGUGAUAAUACACCAAUCGAUUUAGAAGAUUUACGUAAACAUACCAAAUAUUUUGGUGGUUUCCACCCGAAUCAUCGUGUUAUUUGUUGGUUAUGGGAUAUUCUACAAAAUGAUUUUUCCCCGGAUGAACAUCGAUUAUUUUUAAAAUUUGUAACAUCAUGUUCAAAACCACCAUUGUUAGGAUUUGCACAUUUAGAACCACCAUUUUCAAUCAGGUGUGUUGAAGUUAGUGAUGAUCAAGAUACUGGUGAUACAUUAGGUUCAGUUUUACGUGGAUUUUUUUCCAUCGGUCGUAAAGAUCCUGUAAACAGGUUACCAACAAGUUCAACUUGUUUCAAUCUAUUAAAAUUACCAAAUUAUCAACGAAAAAAUACUCUAAAAGAUAAAUUACGUUAUGCAAUCAAUUCGAAUACUGGUUUUGAACUUUCUUGAAAUUUUCAAUUCAAUUUUAUUUAUUUAUUUUCACAGAAAAAAACAUUGCACUGAAAGGGUUAUAUAA